UCGACCAUUCGAUAGUGUCAGGAAGUCUACUACACUAGUUAUAACAUUAACUCCAACCCUGGUCUGAAUAUGUUGGCUGUCGAAAUCAACAUGUGUGUAUCACGUGUGAACCAUCUCAUGUUAUCCAUGAACUGAUCGCUGAUUCUUCUGUUAGUCCCAAGAAUAUUGCACCCGCAUUCUACCAGAUUUUUAAGAUCUAGUGGAGUAUUUACUACAUCAGCGGCGAUUUUCUCUCAAGAUGAGUAUUUCUGAAAAUGACAAGAGAUGGAUGGUUGUUCUGAUCGCCGCCGACAAAAUUGUAGCUCCAUUGUUGAGGGAUUUUGGGGAAAAAGAAUUUGUAAAACUGUAUCAUUUUUUAGAUGAUCAUUUACUGAAUAUUUCGCCACCCUGCAAUCUAAAUACAUUGACGUAUUCAAUAUGUCACCCACCUCCCCCUCACCUCGAAGGCUUAAAAUUUAAAAACAUCAACAACAAUGAUGGAAAGACCAAACCGACCUACAACUACGCGGUGAACAGCCCGGUGGAUCUUGCCAAGCUAUAUCUUCCUGCUUACCUUGCAAAGUUUGCGGCAUUUGACAAUUCCAUGGAUAUGAGCGCUGUUCUUCGCCUUCUAGGGUAUGACAAAUACCCCACCCAAGUAUUUGUCUCGUCAAAUCCUUUCCUAGAUCUUAAAUUACUGGCCGAUGAUGUCAAGAAUAAUGUUAGAAAUCUUGGUGCUCAUUAUGAUGAGAGUAUCUGGACAGAACUUUUCAUACAUCAGUGCUUCGAAAAGCUCGUGGCUUUAGUUGAGGCUCUUGUGUUACCUGCCGAUCAAGAGAAGCGUACUUUGGAUCAACUUCACCAGUGGGAAACAAAUGGCUGGGAGCUGAUCAUAGCCAAAGAUAUGAGUGACCUCGUAGACACUUUCUUCCAAAACCAAGAAGCAAUGAAAGAUACACUAGAGGAACAUGAUGAAUUGCUUAUUAACGUGGUUGAAAACACGAGAAGGCUUUCAUCCAUCGUUAUGGCUAUUUCGGAUGGAAUCGAUUCGUUGAGGGAGCGAGUAGUUUUGCUAGAGGAAAGACAUAAUGCGCUGAAAAGAUUUUUUGAAGAAGUUUUUGGAACGAUGAGAGUUAACCGAAUCAGUAAUGCCUGUGGUCAACUCGGAGCUCCAGUGGUCAGCACCUCAAGUUCAUUCUCGAGUACCAGUGCUAUGUCAGCAGAUUCUAUGUCAGCAGAAGCACGCCAUAUGAAUGAGGAAAGUGUUGUUGAUGAGAUAUCUGAAGGCUCUACCUCUAGUGGAAUAUCAGAAAAUUUCAUCGAUUUUGGAAGAGAUGAUUUGUCGCUGCCUGAAAACCAACUUCACUUGCGUGGUCAAGAACAUAUCCGUGUGGAACGCAUUACUCCACAGGUCGUUCUUUUGAAGGUUCAGAAUGGUGCGCCAUUUAAAAUUGAAUUUAACGGAAAGCUUCCUGAAGAGAUGGAAUCCGGAAUAGUUGAUUUUGAAGAGUUAACAACGGGAGUACCCGUAAAAAAAUUGAAUGAAAGCAGCUUGGGGGGAAAUACUCUCCCAUACUCACCUAAAGAAGGGGUUUUUAAAGUAAAAGUCUACUCGCCAUACCGUAAAGAGUGCUUGGGGGAGACAACAAUUACAUACAUAGAUUUAAUAGAAGAGGCAUUGAAACAAGCAGUUAGUGACCCCCAGACAAUGCGGAAAUUCCUUGAGGCUGCCAUUCCAUCCCUGAAUGAAUUUUCCGGUAGAAGUAGUAGCAACACAGCAAGUUCUACAAAUGCUGGGUCUUCUGGUGGAGAAAUAUCUUCAUUGUCAGCUCAGCUCCUGCGUAGGUUCAUCUAUGCAGCAGCUAAAGUAAACGCUCUUUGGUUUAUUCGACUCAUCUUUGACCAGCCCGCGGGAAGAACAGCAUUUGAUCUAUACAAAGGAAGACUGCUUUUACCAGAAUAUGUGGCUUUAGCCAAUGGUCACAGUGAAACCGCCAAAUACCUGAGAGAUGUGACCAAAAGAUACUCAGACAGUGAGAGAACAGAUGAAGAGAAGUUGAACAACAUCGAUUGGCAGGGAAUCGUUACAGCAAUUAAGGCAACACAAGAAAAUCCGAACGUCUGUAGCGAGAUCGUCAAAACUGAAAAAAGCUCACAAAUUCAUGAAGGUCAAGCUGAUGAUUUGAAGCCCAGUGUUUCAUUUCAACAAGUACGUGAAAAAGAACCAUGGCUAAGCCUCAGUGACGAACAGCUGAAUUACUUGAAGUUUGCAUUCAUUGUAACCAACGAAUUUCCUAAAGUUAUGCGUCCAACGUUUCGAACCAUGUGGGACAACACUUUUGGACAUCUUCCUGGUUUUAAACUGUGGGAUGACUCCACGGAAGUGAGAAAUUUGUUUCUAACUACAGAGGGUCGCAGAACCAAGGUUCCCACAGACCUCUCAUAUGAAAAAUGGAGUUUGUUCCACCUGACUCAUGCGACCAUCUUCGCUCGAUCCUUCGCCUUGCCAGAUAGUGCGGGUCAUCCCAGGACACUCUAUGAGCUGUACGUGAGACCUCGUGGAGUGGUGCCUGGUACUCUCCAUUCGUCAGUGACGAGCCCGGCUGGAUGUGCUGUAGAAUCUUCAGCACUCGCCAUUGAUCAGCUUCGAUUGCUGAGAUUUCAGUUCGCCCACUCAAGUAGGGCUGAACUUGAUAAACUAACAUUUGACCGUUCCGUGCAGCUAACUAAAGAAGCUUUCAUCGCUCUUGGAUUUGAGACAGACCAAAUUGAUGCUAUCGCAUUGAACGCGUUAAACUCGUCCACUCUAAAGCUUUCGAGACAGGAGACUCGUGCCGAUGUCAAGUUUCUAGAAGGCCUCAGUUCAAGUCUUGAAGCUAUGAGAAAUUUGUUGCAUGAGGUCAAGGAAAAUAUGAGAGGUACCGAAAGUGAAGAGAUCAUUGCCAUGUUGGGGCAAAAGAUUGACGAUUUGGAGAAAGAACAAGAUCAGUCAGACGCCUCUAGCGAGAUCGUCGAAACUGAAAAAGGCACAAAUAGUCGUAGAGGUCAUGGUGACGAUUUUAAGCCUACUUUUUCAUUUCAACAAGUAAAUGAAGAACAACCCCGGCAAGGGUACAGUGACGAACAGCUGAACUACCUGAAGUUUGCAUUCAUUGUACUUAACGAAUUCCCUAAAGCUAUACGUCAAGCGUUUCGAACCACCUGGGACAACACUUUUGGAUAUCUUCCUGGUUUUCAACUGUGGGAUGACUCCGCGACAGUGAGAAAUUUGUUUCUUGCUGUAGAGGGUGGCAAAACCAAGGUUCCCGUACACCUCUCCUAUGAAGAAUGGGAUCUUGUCGCCCUGUUUCAGGCGACCAUCUUCGCACGAUCCUUCGCCUUGCCAGAUAGUAGAGGUCAUCACAGGACACUCGCUGAGCUGUACGUGAAACCUCGUAAACUUCCGCAUGGUUCUUUCCAUUCAUUACUGGCGAGUCCGGUUGGAUGUGGUUUAGAAUCCUUAGCACUCGCUAUUGAUCAGCUUCGAAGGCUGAAAAAUCAGCUCUGCCACUCAGUUAGGGCUGAAAUUGAUAAAGUAACAUUUGACUAUUCCGUGCAGCUAGCUAAAGGAGCUUUCAUGGCUCUUGGAUUUGAGACAGACCAAAUUGAUGCCAUCGCUUUGCAAGCGUUAGACCCGUCCUCUCUAGAGCAUUGCAAAGUAGAGGAUGGUAUCAAACAGGCGAUUCGUGCUGAUGUCAAGUUUCUAGAUGGCUUCAGUUCAAGUCUUGAAGCUAUUAGAAAGUUGUUCCAAGCGGUCAAGGAAACUGUGGGAGGCACCGAAAGUGAAGAGAUCAUUGCCAUGUUGGGGCAGACGAUUGACGAUUUGGAGAAAGAACAAGCUCAGUCAGCUGAUAACCGCAUCGAUAAUCCACCAAAAAUGAGCCUCACCGUUCCGAAGAUGUGUGAUAUUAAAGUGUUCAUGAAGAGGUGGAGUGAUGUCCAACUUCCCAUAGAUAUUCUCCUAUCAACUGUCGAAGAGUGCGAGUUUCUGAGUGCCUUUGUUUACCUUCAAAAUCCUUUUCAAAGCUAUCAUGAGGAUCUAGGACAUGUGUAUUUUGGAAAAAUCGGUCAACUUACGGUGGCUUUGGUUAAGUGCGGAGGGGAAACAAUGCCUGUUGACAGUGCCAUUUACUCCAAAAAUGCUAUCAUGAAAAUGAGACCGAAAGCAGUAUUUUUGGUUGGUGUUUGCUGUAGUCUCAAUUCCACAAAAGCUCGCUUAGGAGAUGUUUUCAUAACAUCAAAGCUAGCAACACACAGCCAAAGGGGCAUGAGAGCUCUCGAAAGCAAAACUUCUUCGCUCCUCAUACGACAUGCUGGUGAUGGAUGGAUGGCACCUUUACAUGAUCCCGAUGACGGAGUAGUGAGGAUUCACCGCGACGGUGUCUUGCUGAGCGUCCAGGACAGGAAUAUGUGCGAAGAACUGAUUCAAGCCCAUCCUGAUGCGACUGCCAUUGAGGUGCAAGAUGCCUUAGCAACAGCCAUUACUGACCUAAAAGUUGAAUGCAUUGCUGUAAAGGGGAUUUCACACUAUGGAGGUGCCGGUAAAGAGUCUGAGAGCUGGAAGAACUUUGCCAGCGUUAUGGCAGCUUCUGUUGUUGCCCAUGUUUUGAAGGAUAGGGUGGUUUUUGAAAGCUGGCCUCACUUUCAAGCAGGUACUCUGCCAGGCUCACGUCUACCUCCUAGAGAUACAAACUUCGUUGGCCGUGCAAGAGAGUGUGAAGAGAUCAUUGAGUGCUCUGCUCGUGAAAAUACUCGACUAGUGUCGAUUUUUGGCCCACCUGGAUUUGGAAAAACGUCGGUGGCUAAUGCCGUGGCACAUAAACUAGAAUCCCUGGGAUUACCAGUAUACUUCUUCUCUUUACGACGACUUCAGUCAAUAUCCGAUCUAACGGCAGAGCUUCUCAUCCUUUUUGAAGAUACUGUUCCCAUUUGCCAAACUCCUCCGUUUGUAUCGAAUCACGACCAAAUUUUACAGCGCCUCAGUUUAAUUUCGGAACGCAUUGUGCUUAUUUUAGAUGAUGCUGAUACGUUGUUAGACACUGCGGAUUUCUUAUAUUUUCUUCAAGAUGUCCUUAGCCGAGCCAAGCAGCUUAAACUCAUCAUAACCGCUAGGAAAUCAUUCAAGUCAUUGCAGUUUCAGAGUCACGAAGCAGUUCGAAUCGGACCUUUAGAUGAGUCGUCAGCUCAAGAGUUGGUUUCUAAAUUACUACCAGACGCGACUGCCUCUGACUGCACUCAGCUCUUGCAAAUCUGUACGAAUGUACCUUUACUCCUGAGGACUAUCUGUAAUUUAAUUUCUGAGGGAAAUGGUUCAAUAAAUAGCUACCUAGAUCUCCUCGGGGAGCGUCCACUCGGUCGAUUGCUGGGCAGCGAUUUUUCAUUAAGUUUUCUUUGUAAUGACGCGUUCCGAGGACUCUCUGCAAAGGAAAAGGGCACUUUGGUCUCCUUGAGUGUUUUUCCAAACGACUUUUAUGUAAAAGCCGCUGCAGCUGUUAUGGGAAUAACAAGAAUCCCCGAGGCUAAGAGGAUACUACGUAAUCUACAAAAUAAAUCUCUUCUCGAAUCUGAUUCCAAACUUGGAUCCUUCUCGAUGCACCCACUAAUUCGGUCACUGGCCCAAGAAAUAGGAGAAACGGAACUAAAGGGAACGCUAAUCGCCUCAGAGACUCGAUUCCGUGAGUUUUACAUCUCUCAAUUCGCGUGGCUGAAUGAGAAAUUCCUUAAAGGGGAUUCCGUGAUGGCGUCUGUUACAUUCUACGAAGAUGAGGAGAAUAUAAUUCAAUCUCUAAAACUGCGCCCUGGAUCAGAUUCCAAAACAGCUGAGGUUGUGUUUAAGGUACUUGUCCAUGCGGAGUUGUUUCUACACUCACUCUUUUGGACUGACGAAGACAGAUUCGUUUCUAUUUACGAUUCUGCUGUGAAGGCAGCUGAAACCCUUGGCGAGAAAGAGUUUCACCGGGAAUUGCUCGUUUCCUCGGCUUUCAGUGAAAUAACACGGGGCACGCAAAGAGGUAGGCAGUUGCUUUAUGAAGCAAAACACUUGCAAACAGCGGCUCUCUCGACGUCUGCUCGAGAGAAAGGGAAACUCUUGUGCUAUUUAGGUAUCUACCACCUUUUUACCGGUGAGACAGAAGAAGGACUGCACUGUUUACAGACGUCCCUUCCCAAGAUGGAGGUGAACCUCGAGGAAACAGUUCUUAGGCUUAUUAUUUCUCAAGUCCUUUACUUGUAUGAUAGCUUCCACAUGAAAUCUUCAAGUGAGGCGCAAUGUUACAAAAAGAUACUUCAAGAGUACACAGAGGCGGGAAACACAGACUUACUCCUGACCGCCACAUUGGAAAGCGCAGGAAAUAGCGCAAUGGAAAUGGUGAAGGAUAAACGUGGUGCCCUGAAUAAUCAACCCUUAAUGGCAGAAGUUCUCUUUCUUGUUAGUAAAGCAGCUGAGAGGUUCACUAAUAUUGAGAUAAAACGAAAAAUGAGCGACAUUGCAACGAAUGUACUCCGAAACAAUGAAGCAUCUAGUCCACCAACUGUACUUGGUUUCUCGCAUUUUCAUACCAAUCUUCGUAUGUUAACUAAUGAUGACGGGAAGGACCCAGAGAAAGAACGCCGAUUCCAAGAACUCCGCAAAUCUUUUCUCCAGAAGAGAGUUAGAAAUUCCGAUUUGAGUUCUGAAACUUCUGCCCCACUCACAGCUAACACACAGCACGGCGCACAAUGUCUCCUAGACGCAGUUCAGGCUGAACAACGCGAGCUCGCUGUCAGGAUGAAACUUCUAGGUCCAAAUGACGCAAGCACAGCUGAAAGUUAUUACUCACUUGGGGUUCAGCAGUACGCCAGUGGUAACUUUACUUCAUCUCUAGAGUCUUUCAUGGGUGCUCUUACAAUUAGACUUCAAUAUUUUGGCAAAAUACACCCUGGAACAGCUGACUGUUAUCACUCAUUAGGGGUCACACAACUUGCAUUGGGCGACCUCCCCUCUGCUUUUCAGUCUUUUCAGUCAGCGCUUGACAUUAGACUGAGUCUUCAAGAAAAACAUCCAAACACAGCUAGCACUUACCAUUAUCUGGGAGCCACUCAACUUGCCAUGGGUGACUUCAUUUCGGCUCGUGAGUCGUUUCAGCGUGGUUUGGACAUUAGAUUAAGUAUAUUUGGAGAGGUACACGUUAGCACAGCUGAGAGUUACCACUCCCUCGGAAAUGUGGCUCACUCAGUGGGGGAAUUUUCUUCAGCCCUUCUUUUAUAUCAUCGUGCCCUCGAUAUUAGACGGAAUAUGCUUGGAGAGGUGCACACAAAAAUAGCUGAGAGUUACCAGUCUGUAGGAGAAGUACAGAGCUCAUUGGGGGACCUUACGUCAGCCCUUCAAUCUCAUCAGUGUGCUCUGAACAUCUGGCAGAAGGUUCUUGGAGAAGAACAUCAAAGCACGGCGCAGAGUUACCAAUCCCUCGGAGAUACCAAGCUUUCAUUAAACGAGAGGGAAUCUGCCCUAAAGUUUUAUCAGCUUGCUCUAAACAUCCGUGUAAAGGUAUUUGGUGAAGAACAUCUACGCACUGCUGAUAGUCAUCACUCGAUGGGAGAAACAUAUUUGGCGCUAAAUAAAUUGGAGUCCGCCCUUCUUUCCUUUCAAUGUGAGCGUGACAUCCGUCUUAAGAUGGUUGGAAGAGAACAUCCUAGCAUUGCCAGAAGUUAUCAUUCCAUAGGUGACACAUAUUUUGCUUUGAAUGACUUGAUAUCAGCCCUACAGUCCUUUCAGUGUGCACUAGACAUCCGUCUAAAGGUAUUUGGAGAAGAACAUUCGAGCACAGCUGACAGCUACUACUCCCUUGGAGAAACGUUUUAUGCUCUAAAUAACGUCACGUCAGCUCGUGAUUUCUUUCAGCAUGCGCUAUCCACCCGUGAAAAAUUGUAUGGAGAGGAACAUCCAGAUACAGCUGAAAGUUAUUAUACUCUUAGUGUCACAGAAUACGCUGGAGGGAACUACAAUUCUGCUCUUCAUUUCUCCCAGAAGGCACUUGAUAUCAGCCAUAAGUUAUUUGGAGAAGAUAACCAAGACACAAUCGAAAUUUACGAAACAUUAGGUGCCAUACAUUGUCACCUUGGCGACUUCAGUUCUGCCGCUCAGUCCUUCCGACAAGCUCUUGCCAGUGGACACAAACUGAUCGGAAAAGACCACUCGAGAACAGCUGAUAAUUACAACUCUCUUGGGGACACACAGAAUGCCAAAGGGGACUUCGUUUCAGCCGUUGACUCAUAUAAGAGCGCCCUCCAGAUCAAGCUUAAACAACGUGGAAAAUCACACAAAUAACGGCGCGAUUUACGUCCUCAUCAUCUCGGUAUGCAGCAUUAAACUGUAGGGAAACACUAUUUUGUGAACAGUUGAGUACAUUCUAAGUUAGACUAAGCUAGGUCUAGGCCAUAUUCUCAAUGUUAUGCAAUGUUUAGCGUACACUAUGUAAGUAACUUGCUUUUGUUGAUUUUUUCUUGUUCUUCAACACGGCUUGACGCAAACGUCACUUAAGGUGGCUCGUACCGGUUUUCAUCUUUUUGAUGGUUUGUAACUUUGAAAGAAUACAACAGAAAGACUGA